AUGUCAACAUCAAGUUAUAAGAAGGGAGAUCCUUACUCUCAUUCUGCUUCAUUACCUGAUAAAAUGACAGUUUUCCAAGAAUGUUUACAACAAUUUAAUGCAUCACCAGUUAAUGCUAAAAAAUGUAGACAAUUAUUAUCACAAUUAUUAAGAUUAAUUUAUAGUGGAGAAAGUUUCCCAUCACAAGAAUCAACCACUUUAUUCUUUUCAAUUUCAAAACUUUUCCAACAUAAAGAUGUUUCAUUAAGACAAUUGGUUUAUUUAACUAUUAAAGAAUUAUCAUCAACAUCUCAAGAUAUUUUAAUGGUUACUUCAUCAAUUAUGAAAGAUAUUCAAAGUGGAGAUUUAAUUUAUAAACCAAAUGCCAUUAGAACAUUAUCAAAAGUUUUAGAUCCAACUACAGUAUCAGCCAGUGAAAGAUUAUUUAAAAAUUCAUUAGUUGAUAAAAAUCCAAUUAUUUCAUCAGCAGCAUUAGUUUCAUCUUAUAAUUUAUUACCAAUUGCUAAAGAUGUUGUUAAAAGAUUUACUAAUGAAACAUCAGAAACUAUUGAUAGUUAUAAAAAAUUCCCAUCAGAUCAAUUUCAAUUACAUGAAUAUUAUGGAUCUUCAACUACUAAUUUACCAAGUACAACUUUUAUGUAUCAAUAUCAUGCAUUAGGUUUAGUUUAUGAAUUAAGAAAUCAUGAUAAAAUGUCAUUAAAAAAAUUAAUUACUUCAUUAACUGAUCAUCAAGCUUUAAAAAAUUCUUUAGCAGUUAUUCAAUUAAUUAGAUUUAUUCAUAAAAUUUUAAUUGAUGAUGAAUCAUUAAUUGGUCAAUUAUUCCCAAUUUUAUUAUCAUUCUUAAAACAUAAAUCCGAUUCAGUUGAAUUAGAAAGUUGUAAAGUUAUUAUUAGUUUACAACAUUUAGUUAACAAAUAUGAAUUUGCAAAUGUUAUUAAUUGUUUACAAAAAUUAUUAAAUGUUCCAAGAACUGCAACAAGAUUUGCUGCUAUUAGAUUAGUUAAUAAAAUUUCUAUUAAACAUCCAAAAGAAAUUUUAACUGUUAAUGAAGAAUUAGAAAAUUUAAUUAAUGAUCCAAAUAGAUCAAUUUCAACUUUAGCUAUAACAACUUUAUUGAAAACUAUUGGUUCUGGUACUAUUGAAAGUGAAAGUAGUAUUGGAGGUGAAAGUGUUGAUAGAUUAAUUAAUAAAAUGACUUCAUUAAUGGAUGAAAUUACUGAAGAUUUUAAAAUUGUUAUUAUUGAAGCUAUAGAAAAUUUAGCUAUUAAAUUUCAAUCUAAGCAUAAAAAAUUAGUUAAAUUUUUAACUGAUUUAUUAAGAGAUGAUGGUUCUUUAGAAUUGAAAACAAGUAUUAUUGAUACUUUAUUUGAUUUAAUUAAAUUUUUAAAGAAUGAUGAAUCAAAACAAUUAAUUUUAAUGAAUUUAUGUGAAUUCAUUGAAGAUUGUGAAUAUACUGAAUUAUCAAUUAGAAUUUUACAUUUAUUAGGUGAUGAAGGUCCAAAAACUUCUAAUCCUUCCUAUUAUAUUAGACAUAUUUAUAAUAGAUUAGUAUUGGAAAAUUCAAUUGUUAGAUCAAGUGCAGUUAUUUCAUUAUCAAAAUUUGCUAUAAUUUGUGGUGGUGAUGUUAAAACGAAUAUUGAAAUCUUAUUAAAUAGAUGUCUUAAUGAUAUUGAUGAUGAAGUAAGAGAUAGAGCAACUUUAUCAUUAAAAUUUAUUAAAAAUAAUGAAAAAAGAUUAAUUAUUAACGAAUCAAAAUUUGAUUUGAAUAUCUUGGAAAAUAAAUUAAUUCAUUAUUUAAAUGAUGAAUCAAAUUUCGAAAGUAAAUUUGAUAUUAAUGAAGUUCCUUUGUUAACAAUGGAAGAAUUGAAUUCUAAAGAAAUUGAAAACAAAUUGAAUAAUUUAGAUAAAAAUGAUGAUGUUGAAAUUGAAAGUAAUCAUAAAUCACAUCAAAUUGAAGAAUCUAAUGAAAUAUCUAAUGAAUUAUUAAAACAACAAGAAUUCUCUUCAGAAUUAUCAUCAAUUCCUGAAUUUAGUGGAUACGGUAAAUUAUCAAAAUCUACUUUGAAACCAAUUUACUUAACUGAUAAAGAAAAUGAAUUUGUGGUUACUGUUAAUAAACAUUAUUUCAUGGAAUCAGAUGAUGCUAAAUUGGUUUUACAAUUUAAUAUAACCAAUACUUUGAAUCAUUUGAUUUUACAAAAUGUUUCAUUAAUUUGUCAACCUGAUAAUUCAUUAUAUGAAGAAGAUUUCAUUUUAUCAAUUGAUGAAUUAAAACCUCAAGAAACUGGUAUAGUUUAUGUUGUUUUUAACAUGCCAAACAUUGAUGAUAUUGAAUUAUUCAAUAAUUUCAAUAAUACUUUAAGUUAUGUUAAUAGAGAAAUAAUUGAUGAUAAUGGUAAUAUUGAUGAAUCUGAUGAAGGUUGGUCUGAUGAAUAUCCAAUUGAAGAUUUAGAAAUCUUACCCGGUGAUUUUAUUCAUCCAAUUUAUAAUUCAAAUUUCACUGAAAUUUUUGAUCAAUUAUCUUUUGAACAAUCAACUGUUGUUAAUUUACCUGGUGUUAAAUCUUUAGAUAAUGCGGUCACUCACUUUAAAGAUUUAUUUAAUAUGAUGCCUUUGGAAGGUUCUCAAGAUUUAGAUAGUGAUGCUAAUUCUCACAUUUUAAAAUUAUUUGGUAAAGAUAUAUGGAAUAACAAAGUUGCUAUUCAAGUAAGAUUAGCUUUAACUGGUGGUAAAGUGGCUGCAAAAUUAUCCAUCAAAUCUGAUUCUGAUAAUGUUGCAAAAUUCAUAGUUGAAAGUAUUUAG